AUGUAUUGGAGAAAUGAUUGGUGGGGUGAUGAUCCUUAUCCAUCAUGUAAAGAAAUAGAAUUAAAUGAAGGUAUGAUAAUAUCUCAUGAUUUUGAAUUUCCAGUUCAAUAUAUUUCAAAAGCCAUUUAUAAACAAAAUUGUUAUGCAGAUAUGAUACCAGUAUUAAAUACAAAUGUUGGAUUAGUUAUUGAUAAAUUUACUGAACCAUUACCAAUAGUUUCAAAUUCAUGGUAUGAUUUUACUCAAAAUAAUAUAAGAGGUUCUUUUAGUUAUAGUGUUGUUUCCAUAAUAUAUGCUAUUGCUGUUUCUGCUGUAAUUACUUGGUUUUUAACAAUAUUUGUUUUAACUAAUUAUACUAUAAAACCUUCUUGGUUAUUAAAAGCUUCAACUUUAUUAUCCUCGGUUUAUAUGUUAGUGGUUGUUAUCAGGUCAAUCAUAAUAUUGCAUAUACAGCAAAGAGAAGGUUAUUUACAUGGAGCAAAGUUGUUAGCAGAAAUUAAUGGUAAUAGAGCAAUCACUAUAAUUGAUUUAAUUGUUGUGUUUCUUCUACAAAUUAAUCAAGUUCAAAUAAUAAUGAGAUUAUUUCAAAGACAAAAAGAUAAACGAUUAACUUUUUAUAUUGGAGUUUUAGCUACUUUAACUUCACAAGUUAUAUGGGGAGUUUCACAAUUUUAUUCAUUUCAAAAAGAUGAUGAAGCUGGUGAUAUUUUACCUGCUUUUAUUUAUUUAGUAAGAAUUGCAAUGGCUUUAUGUUACGCUGCAAUUAUCACAGUAUAUUUUAUAACAAAGAUACAAAUCAUCAUUGCUAAUAAACGGAUUUGGUUGCUAACGUUAUUAACAUUAAUAUUAAUCUAUAGUCCGGUUGCAUUUUUCAUUGCAGAUGUAUCAAAUGCAUUUAUUUAUGAAUUAUCCGAGAUAUUUUCAGUUGUAAAUUAUGUUAUUGGAGUAGUGAUACCUUGGGAAUGGUGUAAUAAAUUUAAUUUAAUAAUGAAAGCAAAAGAAAAAGAAGGUGUUUUAGGUAGAAGAUUUUAUGAAGAUGAAUCUUAUGAAUUAGAUCGAUUUGAAUUAUUUGUUGAAGAACAAAUUCCAAGAGAUGGUACGAGUAGUGAUGAAGAGGAAGAUGAUGAUAAUGAUAAUGAACAUAAUGAUAGAAACCACAAUAAUAAUAAUAAUAAUGAUAAUGAUAAUGAGAAUACUAGAUUAACACAAGAUUAUAAAUCACGACAGUCUUCAUCACCUAUUAAAAGUAAUAAUCAAAGCAAAUUCAAAAAAGCUUACCAAAUUUCAAAAUUAGCUUUUAUAUCUUUUACAGAUAGUGUUAUAGCUGCUGGUUUUGCUAUACCAAGAUCUGUAAGUGUAUCAACUCAAUCAUCAAAAGGAGACAGUAAUAAUGAACAUGAAAGAACCACUGGUACCACCAACACGCAAAACACGCAAAGAAAUAGCUACACAAACCAUCCAACAAAUCAUGAAAUGGUUCAUACUGCAUCUAAUUUAAAUUCACAAUCUUCAGAAACUAAUGUUGCUUCUUCAAUAAAUACAAAUCCAAAUAGAAAUAGAAGAAAUAUUUAUGUUUAUGCUAAAAAGGAAGUUGUUGUUGAUUUAAGUGAUGAAGAAAAUUAA